UUCCAGAGCCCAGGCCAGCGCAGAGUCCAGGUGAGUGCCCACCUCUGGGACCCUAGACCCCGGAACCCCCGCGGCUCCACCCAGUGUCCGGGUCUCGCCGUCCCCACGCGUGCGCUCGUGGGUCCCGGACCUAGGGCCCCUGCGUUGGGGGCGGGGUGUCUGAAGCUUCGACCCAAGAGGUGGUGGACUGGAGCGCCCCUCUUCCUUAUGCCCUCCUGUGCUGGCACUCCCUCCCGGCUUCCAGCAGAAUCUUGCAGUGUGCCAGUACCCCCCUUCCUGGGCUGCAGGGUCUGGUGCCGGUACUGGGACACAGCCCGCAAGGCUGAUGGAAACGGAUUUCCAGAACGAGAGAACUGCACGUGCAAAAGCAGGGAGAGUGGACAGGUUGGCACCAGGGCUCCAUGGGGAAGGGGCCAGAGCUGAGCCCCCCUUAACUUGAAUGUAGGGGUGAGGAGCUCAGAUGCCAUCCCCAGUGUGCCUGAAAGCCCUGAAGGCCCAAGCUGGGCAGCCUGCCCACACCCGGGAAAAGUGGGACCAGGAAGGGGAGACAGCAGAGGAGUGGGGACUGACUCUGCCAAAGGUCCAAAGAGGCUCCUACCCAGCCUUACACCCUCUGGGACUCUGGAUCCCUGGGGGGCAAAUAGGAGCACCUUUGUGAGGUAGGGAUAAUUCAGUACCUCCCUCAGGGGUUAAUGGGAGUCCCUGAGACAAGACACAAAGUCCUGGUGGGUAGUUAGCUUUGGGCACUCUUGGAACUUCACAGCUGUGGGCAACUUGUAGACAAGAGACAGCGGUCUUCAAAACUUGGGGGUGCCUUCUGCCAUGAUCAUAGCAAGGACCUUUGCUUUUGAGUGGGGGUGACUGCGAUCCAAGCUGGUUAGCACCCUGUAGGUGGAAAGCCUACCUGAGAGCCUCAACUCCUGGAAAGGUGGGGAACAGCCUGACCAAGCCCAUAGUAGCAAGACCAGGUCUGACCAUUUCUGGGAUUUAUGGUCCAGCAAGUGAGUCCUGAGACCAAGCAGGAAGGAGUGGGCAGGGCUGAGGCACAGGUGAACCCAGAAGCAGGGGAAGGGUUCCCUGGUGCUCAGGGAGGGGGCAGGUGGGGCAGGUGGCAGCUGAGUUUUAUGGACAUGCCUUGGUGACAAGUGGGGGAAAGAGCAAAGGUAACCUAGUGACUUUGGGUGCCUCCUCACCUGAAAUGGAUGUUUCAAGGGCAGGUAAGAUCGGGCCAGGCAGUGGAUGGGCCUUCCCCAACUUUGUCCUUCUUUCUUCCUGCUCUCCUUGCUCUCAGGCACCCACCCAAGGCCCUUCAUGGAAUCUGGACUAGAUCAAGGGUACCUUAGCCCCACCUCAAAUUAGACUUUCCAGGGGGGAAACAGAGGGGAAUGGCAGUGGGAUGGACUGAGGAAAGGUCAUUUGUAAACAACACAGUUACACUUUGUCCUGGGCCCUCCAAAGUCCAUCCAUAAGCUGCAUCUUCCAGAAGACCCACCUUAUGCCUUGAGGACACCUUUGCUGCACUGAUCUAUUGACUAGGUGCCCCAUCCCCCCAGCCCAGUGCCUUACAGAGCCUUAGAGUAAUGGGGGGUCUCCUGAGGCCAUGCUCUUCUUAGAACUAAGUCCGGGAAGGGGGUGGGAGGCCACACAAAUUCCCCUACCUUCUGCUUGACCUUGAUGAGACCUUGGCUCCUCAGUUUCUCAGACUUCUGUUGGGCAUGACCUCAGUGCCACUGGGCCAGGGGUGGGGGUGGGGGAACCUUUAUGGCUGCUAGGCACGGGCUGUGGCAGGGCUGUGUGCCUGGCUUCUUUCUCCCCCAACCCUAUUAGUCCCGGGCUGGCCGCCCGCUCUUGUUCACCACAGAGCUGGGUUUCCCUGGGGACCAGUGGACUGGCCUAGCCCCACACUCCCGCCACAGCCCCUCCUGGCCACAGCUCACACUGGGAGGAGGGGUAGAGACUGAGCCACCUCCUGGACCCUGCCCUGCCUUUCAGGGCCUAGCAGCCUCCGUCCACUGCUGGGCUGAGAGGAAGGAAUUGUGUUUGCUUUUGGAGGAGGUAGCUCUCCUGAGACUGCCAGCCAGGGUGGAGGUUGAGGCCAGAGGGAACCCUGUGUCACUCCCAUUUGAGGAAGAAGAAAUCCAAGGACCAGGAAGGCUCUAAUUGCUCAAGGUAACCCAAGGUUUGACUCAAGAAUGGUGGCCUCCUGGGCAAAUAGAUGGUCUCAGAGCUUCCUCCAAGACUGUAGGAUUUGGAAAAGGGAAGUAGAGGGCUAGGGGCCUGAGGAGUCAGCAGAAACCGGGGAUAAUUUUUGGACAAGGCAGCCACGGGACUGGACAGAGAGUGGCCAACAUUGGAACAGAAGGGGUCUCCUGACAGUGGGCAUAAGCCAUGUACAGGUGAGAUGGGGGAUGUGGGGUGCUGAGCCUCAACAGGCCUCAAAGGGGAGAAGCCCUUCAGGAUCCCCUACAUGCAAGACUUAGCUCAAAUGUAGGACUCUCCCAGAAACCCCCACAGUCUGUGUCUCUCUGUCUCUGUCCUCCCUCCCCAUGAAAGCUCCGUCCUAAUAUGGCCAGUCUCCCCUGCAGGUCCUAGAGGCAGUUCCAGCUGGCAUGGCAACUCCAGCAUCGCUAAGAGCAGCAGGAGACCCAGCCCCAUGGGGGGCGCCCUAGACCUCCGACAGAACAACCAUCUGUGGCCCUGCCUGCCUGCUGGUCCUCAGGUCACUCACCAUGGGUGGCUGCUUCUCCAAGCCCAAGCCAGUGGAACUCAAGAUUGAGGUGGUGCUGCCUGAGAAGGAGCGGAGCAAGGAGGAACUGUCGGCUAGCGGAAAGGGCAGCCCCCGGGCCUACCAGGGCAAUGGCACAGCCCGUCACUUCCACACUGAGGAGCGCCUGCCAGCCCCCCACCCCUACCCUGGCCCUCAGGACUGCGUGGAGGCUGCCGUCUGCCAUGUCAAGGACCUGGAGAAUGGCCAGAUGCGGGAAGUGGAGCUGGGCUGGGGGAAGGUGUUGCUGGUGAAAGACAACGGAGAAUUCCAUGCCUUGGGCCACAAGUGCCCACACUACGGCGCACCCCUGGUGAAAGGAGUGUUAUCCCGUGGCCGGGUGCGCUGCCCCUGGCAUGGUGCCUGCUUCAACAUCAGUACUGGGGACCUAGAGGACUUCCCAGGCCUGGACAGUCUGCACAAGUUCCAGGUGAAGAUUGAGAAGGAGAAGGUGUAUGUCCGGGCCAGCAAGCAGGCCCUGCAGCUGCAGCGAAGGACCAAGGUGAUGGCCAAGUGUAUCUCUCCAAGUGCUGGGCACAGUGGCAGCACCAAUGUGCUCAUUGUGGGUGCAGGUGCUGCUGGCCUGGUGUGUGCAGAGACACUGCGGCAGGAGGGCUUCUCAGACCGGAUCGUCCUGUGCACGCUGGACCGGCAUCUCCCUUAUGACCGGCCAAAACUCAGCAAGUCCCUGGAUGCACAACCUGAACAGCUGGCCCUGAGACCCAAGGAGUUCUUCCGUGCCUAUGGCAUCGAGGUGCUCACUGAGGCUCAGGUGGUCACAGUGGAUGUGAGAAACAAGAAGGUCGUGUUCAAGGACGGCUUCAAGCUGGAGUAUAGCAAGCUGUUGUUGGCGCCAGGGAGCAGCCCUAAGACCCUGAGCUGCAAAGGCAAAGAGGUAGAGAACGUGUUCACUAUCCGGACGCCUGAGGAUGCCAAUCGUGUGGUGAGGCUGGCCCGGGGCCGCAACGCAAUUGUCGUAGGAGCUGGUUUUUUGGGUAUGGAGGUGGCUGCCUAUUUAACUGAGAAGGCCCAUUCUGUAUCUGUGGUGGAGCUUGAGGAAACACCCUUCAGGAGGUUCCUGGGGGAGCGCGUUGGCCGUGCACUCAUGAAGAUGUUUGAGAACAAUGGGGUGAAGUUCUAUAUGCAGACAGAGGUGUUGGAGCUGCGGGCCCAGGAGGGAAAGCUGAAGGAGGUUGUACUGAAGAGCAGCAAGGUCAUUCGGGCUGAUGUCUGCGUGGUGGGCAUUGGUGCGGUGCCUGCCACGGGUUUCCUGAGGCAAAGUGGCAUUGGUCUGGAUUCCCGAGGCUUCAUCCCUGUCAACAAGAUGAUGCAGACCAAUGUCCCAGGUGUGUUUGCAGCUGGUGAUGCUGUCACCUUUCCUCUUGCCUGGAGGAACAAUCGGAAAGUGAACAUCCCACACUGGCAAAUGGCUCAUGCCCAGGGGCGGGUGGCAGCCCAGAACAUGCUGGCUCAGGAGGCGGAGAUCAGCACGGUGCCCUACCUGUGGACUGCCAUGUUCGGCAAGAGUCUGCGUUACGCGGGCUACGGAGAAGGCUUUGACGACGUCAUCAUCCAAGGGGAUCUAGAGGAGCUGAAGUUUGUGGCUUUUUAUACCAAAGGUGAUGAGGUGAUCGCUGUGGCCAGCAUGAACUAUGAUCCCAUCGUAUCCAAGGUGGCUGAGGUGCUGGGCUCUGGUCGUGCCAUCCGGAAGCGGGAGGUGGAGACUGGCGACAUGUCUUGGCUCACAGGGAAAGGAUCCUGAGUUCGAGUGUAGUGGACUUGGGCAGGCAUGCUGGGGUACAAGGAACAAAGGCCAAGCCCUGGGGGCAGGUGCCAAUCUCCAGUUUCCCAGCAUCCCGCAGGGCAGAAUUUGAGCCCUCCCAAUGCUUGCCUUUGGCUGCCUGGAUCCCUUCCAGGACGGCCUCUGCUGCCUCCAGAAGAUGCUCACCCAUCAGGGCCUCAGCAUCCACUGACAUCUGGCACUGGAGGUGGGACAGGCCCUGUCUCUUUUCCCUCUGUUGGGACUGGUCCCCUGGAGGACCCUGCAACAUGUUAGACAUUAUCUUAAAAUUAAAAUGCACACAUUUGCAGA